GGUAUUCGUAUCUUUUUCGUGGCAUUCGUCGUCGUGCUCGUUGCCCACAGCCAUCCAGCGCAAGUGGGCAGCCCACCGAGUCAGCGACGCCGCUUGGUCGUAGCGAGGCCAUGGCACACCGUCCGCCUGUCAAGGCCGGGGGGGCCGACGGCUCAGCUGGCGCGGGCAAGGUGCGCGCCCGCAUCAAGUCUGAAGAGGCCCCCGCGUCGUCGGCGGUGAAGAAGCGCGGCCAGGGGCGUGAUUGGUACCAGUCCGAUGAUGAUGACAGCGCCAGCGAGGUUGCGGUCGCGGCCCCGGUUGCGCGCCAGAAUUGCAAAGUGGAGCCGAAGAAGGAAACGGCACGAUGGCGGAUGAUGAUGAUGAUGGCGAGUCUCGGACUGGCGAGAUAAGGAAGAGCGCUGCGCAGGCGGCGCGUGGUGGCCGUGAGGGGGGGGCAGUGAAGCGGCCCAAAGGCAAAGUUGUUGUGAUCUGCAUGAUUUGCAAUGUAUCAAGCAACGAGCCGAACGUUACUUGGUUCUCAAUCCUCGAGACCGUGGACGCGAGUGGUCGCGCCGUGGCAGAGCCUGACGGCGACCUCUGCAACGAUUGCGGGUGGACGUGCAAAUCUUGGCCUCAGUAUUCUCCACAGCAGCUUGCAACGAUGCUCCAAGACGAUGGCGACUUCGUGCUGGCGUGGCAGUCAGCCCGCGAGCGCACCAAGGGGAUCACAAAUCGACCCGACAUCAAGCCAGCGAGCGUUACAGACACGCUUUCGCAGGGCAUCGAGGUCUACGCCAAGUUGGCAUUUGUCACAAAGGAUAUCUUCGAGACGAAGUGGAUGGACCCCACGAAGAUCAAGGGGUGCAAGGUGACGGACUUGCCCAUCCCUCUGGCCAAAGGCAAGCACACGGGCGUGUUGCUUCACCGGCACUUGGUGCCUCACGACUUGCCUCAUUUCGUUGUGAAGGUCACGGCCCAGGAUACUUGGGCUUGGGCAAAGCACGCGCUGACCCCUGACGACAUCGUCCGGAGUCUCCAGGGGCAGGACACUUUCGAGCACAAAUGCAAGAGACGCAAGUUCCCACUUCAAGCUGGCGACAUCAAAAACGUCACCACCGUGCAGCAGGUCGAAGUCGCCGUGAAGCAGGCAGAGGAUGACAAGCAUGCCCACUUCAAUGAGAGAGCCUUGCGCCUUCAGUCAGCCGACCAGCAGACCGCAGGCGCCAAUGGUCCUCAGGCUGGCGCGCGUCGCCGCGUGGGCGGGCGCGUCGGCAGCAGCAGCGAGGACGAGGCAGAGGAGGUGCGCCCGAGGGCUGCCAGAGGUGGGGCGCCAUCAGCAUCGGGGGGGCGCUCAGGAGGGCGCGGGGGCCGCGGCCGAGGCGUCAGCAAAACCAAGGGCAAGGCUGCAGCUGCAUCCGGCGUUGUCCUCCUCGAUGACGGCGACGAGUCCCCGGGCUCGCAGUCCGACGGCGAGGGCGGCAUGGACUCGAAACGCCUCGCCGAGUACGAGAAGAUGCUGAAUGGCGUCAAACUCAAGAGGUCGAUCCGUGCGGCAGGGAUGCGCGGCACCAGCACGGCCAAACCCUUGCCUGCGAAGGAGGCGGCUGCGGAGGUCUUGCACGCCCAGAUCGGCAAAGCUUGCAUGUCGCUGACGCUUGAGUGUCUGAGGAAGCCCGCCUUAGAUUUCAAGGAGAUGAUGGAGAACAUCUCGACUCUUGAGCUUCACGGCGUCAAUAUUCCCCAGUCCCACCGCCCAUGGAUCUCCGCACGUGUCGCGCAGCAUUACCUGUGCGCAGGCAAAAUGACGGAGUGGGUGGACUGCGUCUGCCUCCGGGACAGCGCCAGUGACGAGUGGGCGCCGAACGUGGCCACGUUUCGCUCCUGCAUGCCCAGCGAGGACAGCGACAAAGCAGAGUUCGUGAAGGCAUGGCUGGACGGCGUCUUCUUGGACACGUUCAUGGCCGCCGUGGAUGAGGCGUCUGCCGAUGGGGCUGGUCCGCAGAGGCUCGUCCGGAUCACGUUGGCGUUUUUGGAGGGGCAGACGGGGGCGAUGGACGGCUCGUGGAUUGGGCCCAAAGUCCGUGCGGUUAUGAUGGUCUAUCGCGGCCUGCUGGGGUUAUGCUCAUCCGUGCCCGCGAAGUGCGCCAUUUCUUCGGCCGACGUCGAAUAUGUCAUGCCCACGUCAGGCGCGAAGAGCACCCUUGGUAAGGAUCUCAGCACAGGGAGGCUCAUCCUGGCGAAACUCAAGCCCUCCGGCGGGGACCACGUGUGGAACGCACGCAAGGACGAGUUCCUUCAAUUUGGAUUCGCAGGCCCCGCUGCGAAGUUCAACCCGAGCAUCCUCCGCAGCACGGAGCAGUUGGCCAGCAUGGUGGGAAGCGAAGGGGGUGCCAAUGCGGUUCCAGCUUCAGUGCUAGAUGCUUUGGCGCAGGACUUGGCCGGUUGGUCGAAGCUCCGUCCAGGGUCGCUGAAAGAUUUGGAGUUCGCCGUCGUCCGCUCGGCGGAGCAUUUCAAGUCGGCCGCGGCGGCCCAGCCGGCUGAGGAGAUUACGAUAACCACGGCCAAGGCUUUCAUGGACGUACUGCUGCACUUCACCACGACGUCGGAAUACGCCAUGCGGGUCGCGCAGGACAUUAAUUCUUGGUACCUCACGAACAUGUCGAAGAACGCCGUGGAGCGCUUCGAGGCAGCGACGACGGAGUUCAUGCAGGAUCGAUCGGUUGGGCGUUUGGCGAGCGUCGUGUCCGCGGGGCGCGCAGCUGCGACGCAGGACACGCCAGCCCACGUCUGGGCCGGCCUCCCAGAUAUCCUCGAGGCGUCCCUGGCCAUCGCGACCGUUACCGAGGUGAUGCAGGACGUGCGGUCCCAGCUGAACGAGUUCUGGGCCUGGGUGCUUUCCAGCGCGGUGCAGGGGAAGUGCGCUUUCCCGGGGGAGCUCGUCGCGGCGGCCAUGACGCGGCAGAAGCUUGCCCGGGCAUUCCGCACAGCGGUCGAUGCCCACGUCGACUGGGCGACGGGGCAGCUCGCAGGAUCGCAGGCGACGAACACGCCGAGCACGGCCAAGCAGCUGCUGUCCACUACAGCGGCGGUUUUCAAGCUCGCCGACGGUUUCAAGAGCGGCGAGGGCGCGGGUGACGCCGCGUGGCCGCUCGAGGCGGCCGCCGCUUUGGGGGCGAGCAGCGAGGCCGCCGAUGAGAGAGCUGCUCUCGCCGCCGGCGCCAACCUCCUCCAGCAGGACGUCCUGGACACGCUCCAGCGCGCCUCCCACGCCCUGGGCCAGGUCGCCGGCGGCGCUCCCGCGGGCGGCAGCUGGAGUGACAGUGCGGCCGACUACGCGGACAUCCUGGCCUGCUUCGGGGGCACCUUGGAGCUCCUGGAAGUGGAUCAGAUCAUCCGCGUCAGCAAGACGGCCCAGGAGGCCAUGGACGGAGCCGAGGGGUACAAGAAUUUGGUCCAUUCCACGCGGUUGGAGAUCGAUUGCGUCGCUCUUGAUGAGCACAUCGAGGAGUGCAGGUCGUCCCUGAUGCGCGCCAGGGGCACCCAGCUUGAGUAUGUCACGUGCAAAACGCUGCAGAAGACUACAAGCAAGAGCAAGAAAACAAGGCUCGCUAAGUAUCUAGUGUUCGCCGAGGAGACGACCCGUUCGCCGCUGGGUUUCGCAUGCGCGGCCCUGGCCACGGAGAUCGAGAAGGCAGGCGUGGACCUCGGCCCGUAUCAGGCCAUGGGGGACCCGCCCGCCCCAGUGGAAGCCCCGCCCGAGGGCCCCGCCGAGGGUCCGCCGCCAGGAGGUGGCAUGGCGCCCCCGGUAGAGUGAUGGACGGUUUGCGAGUUGCGUGGAGGCGGCGCGCCGCAGAGCAGAACGGCCGGCGGCCAUGCCCUGAGCAGCCUGAGCCUCAGCGUGGGCCGCGAGCCGCGGCGUCGCAGUCAACCCGCGUGGAAGGACACGGACGCACAGCGCUCCGACAGCACCCGCGCAUCCUGUCCUCGCGUCCUUCGGUUAUUGCGUAUGCGACGCGCGUGCUUCCAAGGCCCCUUGUGUCUUUACCGCGGUUCCUUCUGAUUCGGAGUGACGCUCUUACUCUUCCUGAGUUCCCAGUCCCAGGAGCGCGCACGUUGCGGGAUCAGGAUAGGCCGCGACACGGCGAUCCCGAGCCAAUUGACAAUUGGGGCUAUGAGGGGGAGGGCACCAUAGGGUCGUAGGGCGAGGGAGAGAAGAGACGGGACUGCGGCCGACCCAGCGCGGUGCCCGGGAGAGGCAGCAGCAGCCGUGCGCUGCGUGAGAACAGCAGACGUGAGUGGAAAAAUGGCUCGCCUUGCGCUGGCGGUGCCUUCCCAUCGAUGUCGCGGCGGGCGGCGCCCAUCACUCACCAUUAUUUGAUUUAAAUGCUAGUUUUCUCUCUCCCCCGAAUCCGUCGGGAAGUUGGCAGUCGCGCCUGCUGCGUGGUGAUAUCAACAACGCACGACGCCUUGGCGUUGUGGGCCGUUUCGAGUGGUCGCUCUCGCCGCGGCACCCGCCGCUUUGCUGCGCCCCCGACCAUUCCGCAAUGCGAAUACAUUGGAAACCAUAUCAGUUGAUCUGCAUCGGAAGGCUUUUGGCAUCCUUGCCCCUUUUCCGGCUUCGGAUUUCCAUGACCAGGUUUCUAGUUGUUUUGGCAACCGUUGAGCUGCAGCUUGGAAAAUUACGCCUGCAGCAUGCCCGCACAGUUCGCGGUUGCUUUAUGCUUAGUCCAUUUAUUUUGAGCACAGUUCGCACGUCGCCUUACACUCAUAAGCAGCUGUCCGCGGGUCCGCGCGCUGGCUGGUCGGAGCCCGCCGCCGCGCGUUGGCUGGUCGGAGCCCGCCGGCGCCGUGUCCGCCGUGGCUCUGUUGCCGUACAUCGCCUUGCUUUGGCGAGGAAAAAUUAGCGCCUGGCGGAGGACCCAACCACAUGCAGUUGUGAGUACCGCAGUUGUUUUAUCGUCGUCGUCGUCGUCCUCCUCCCUCCUCCUCCUCCUCCUCCUCCUCCUCCU